AUAUAAAUACACCCCUAACAUCACUACAAAUUACCAGAAAAACAAAAUGCUAGACUCACUCACGUUCGUUUUUGAGAAGCUAUUCCUUCUAUCCAAUUUCAACUUAUGGCCGGAAGAAGAACAAAAAGGUUGCUGCACAUCCUCCUUCAAGCGGGGGGAUUUGUUGGAGGUGAAGCGUACUCUUUUCAUCCAUUUCGGUAUCUACCUGGGUGACAACAAAGUUGCGCAUCUCAUGCCUGACAUUAUGCCCAUACUCACCAUUAACGAGAAGAAGAUAAGGUCAGUCGUGACGAAUAAGAGGCUAAUCCUUGGCUGCAUCUACAAGAAAGCGAGCAUACGCGUCGACACCUUGGAAGAUUUCGCAUAUGGCGCAAGUAUUUUCGUCAACACCAUGGACAGCAGAAUGAAAAUGCAGGCACUGUCUCAAGAGGAUGUCGCACUGAGAGCAGAAAAAUUGGUGGGAGAAGUAGCUUACAGCCUGCUCUGGAAUAACUGUGAACACUUUGUAACGUAUUGCAGAUACGGCUCACCCGUUAGUCAGCAAACAGAUCAGUUUUGUGAUGUUCUGAAAACAGUCGUCCGUGACCAGAGGAGUGUCCUGCUGACUAUCUCGCUGGGAGUGCUGUCCAUUGUUUGUUUUGGCCUGGCACCGUCAACUACAUUGCCAGCAGUACUUAUUCCAUUCACACUGUGGAUGGCAGGUUGAUGGACAUGGACUACAAUGAGGAACCUAAACAUGAACACUUCACACUAGGGUGUCCACUCAAGAACUAAUGUAACAGAUGUAACAGAUGAACAUCUGGGUUCAAGUUUGUUGUAAAUGCAUCAUCCCAGAGAUAUGUACAGAAUAAGAUGGUUUGUUUAAAGCCAAUGCUUUAGUCUGUUAAUUUUGCACACAGAGUUUUGGAUCUCUGGGUCAUUUGCAUUUAUGAAUUAAUGGCGGCUAGAGAAUGCUUAGGCUGCUGAAGAUAUGUAAGAGUGUGCAGCACUGAUCAGGACAAUUGAUUUGAAAUUGAUUUAUUUGUCUAUUUCCACUUUGUUUUGGUUCUUUUUUUUUUUUAGGGGAGACCACACUUGGUUGUCACACUUCAGAUCUCACUAACUAAAGGGUGCUGUUAGAAACCAUCGAUACAGAAAUGUUCAUGCUGACCGCAUUCCCGACGUGUCUGUCAAUAUCGCUUACGACAUCGCUGAUUAACAGGCCUUGUGAUGACUCUACAACUUUAUAUCUUAGUCUGUAGGUUAACUGUCUGAGUAACCAUUUGCAUGAGCACACAUUCCUCAGUGAAAUCCUCCUUACCUUGGCACAGCUGAAAACUGAUAUCUACGCAAAGUGCAAUUACAGCCUGUAUAGCCUUUUUAUUGAAGUAUAUUUAGAUGCUCUAUUUUUGUACUGAAUAAGAGAAUUAACUGUCUUGAUUGUAUCAUUUCUUUUGUAAAGAUUAAAAUAUAUUUCCAUAUAUGCUAAUACAAGUAUAUCAGGGUGGUUGACAUGAUAUGGCCUUUUUUAUGUCAAACAUAAGUAAAGAAAUGUCUAAUCUGCAAAUAAAUGUGGUUAUAUUGUUCAGAAAAAGCUGUUUUAUAUGAACAUAAUAGACCAUUCAUGCCAGUCAUAUUCCUGUUUUUCACAAUUUUCAGCCAAACCAGGAAAAGCUCAUAUGGUGUGACUGUCCCAAGCCCAUUUCACAAAGUUUGCUUUUAAUAAAACCAAUAAAAUGAAUAUAUUUCCCCCUUAUACAUACAUAUGUACAACCCCAAAACAGAAAAAGUUGGGACGUUGUGUAAAAUGUGAAUAAAAAACAGAAUGUAA